AUGAUUGAUUGGUCAGGCAAUUGCGGUAAUUUAGUAGCAGCAGUUGCGUACUUUACUGUUGAAGAAAAGCUGAUUAAAAAUCCAGUUGAAAAUGGUAUACAACUAGUGCGUAUUUGGCAAACUAAUGUAAAUCAAGUCAUUCAUGCUCAUGUACCUGUUCGGAAUGGUUUACCAAUUUACAAAGGUAAUGAUAAACUCGAUGGUGUUAGCGGUACAGCCUGUGCAUUUCGAAUUGAUUUUUUAAAUCCAUCUACGGGUGCAACGCUACCUACUGGUAAUGUCAUUGAUUUACUUCAACUAAAUGAUGGUAGUCAUAUCGAAGCGUCACUGAUUAAUGCAGGAAAUCCCACUAUAUUUAUUCGUGCUCGUGAUGUUGGUCUAGCAGGUACUGAGCUACCUGU